GAGCGCUGGCCGGUGGCAAUGGGAAGCGGCGUUGGAUGGAAUAAAGUUUGCAGCACUUUGGCACUUGGCUGCUCACAUCUUCGAUGCCCAUGGCAAGAAUCGGUGCCUAAGCCCAGCAGCUAGUGGGGAGGCAGGCACGCCUUGCUGGUUCGCUGUUUGUGCGGCUAUUGCAAAGUUUCAGCUAUUUUAAUGUACUAAACCAAGGAUUCUAAGUAUCAGCCCUCCCCACCCCCACCUCUCCUUCUAGGAUUUUUGGAGCUAUAUGGAGGGAUCUCAGGAUGGUGUGCACCAGGAAAACCAAAACUUUAGUGUCCACUUGCGUGAUUUUGAGUGGAAUGACUAACAUCAUCUGCCUGCUGUACGUGGGUUGGGUCACCAACUACAUUGCGAGUGUCUAUGUGAAAGUACAGGAGCCGAUCUCAGAAAAAAAGUUAGAGGAAGACAAAGGGGACACUUUAAGGAUUAUAGAAAGGCUGGACCAUUUGGAAAAUGUCAUCAAGCAGCACAUACAAGAAGCUCCACCAAAACUGGAAGAAAAUCCUGCUGAAGCAUUCACUGACUCAUCUCUCUUUGCUCACUGGGGCCAAGACCUCAGUCCUGAAAAUAGACGUAUUGCUCUUAAACAAUUCCAAUAUUACGGCUACAAUGCUUACUUGAGUGAUCGCCUGCCGCUGGACAGGCCCCUACCUGAUCUUAGGCCUAAUGGGUGCAGAAACCUUACAUUUCCCGAUAGGCUCCCGGAGGUCAGCAUUGUAUUCAUAUUUGUUAAUGAAGCGCUCUCGGUGAUUCUGCGCUCCAUCCGUUCUGCUAUUGACCGGACUCCUGCUCACCUGCUCAAAGAGAUUAUUUUAGUGGAUGAUAACAGUAAUAACGAAGAACUCAAGGAGAAACUGAAGAAGUAUAUUGAUGAAGUGAACGCCCAGAAGCCUGGGUUCAUCAAGGUUGUUCGACACAGCAAACAGGAAGGACUGAUCCGAUCUCGCGUUAGUGGAUGGAGAGUUGCCACAGCACCAGUAGUUGCUCUCUUUGAUGCCCAUGUAGAAUUCAAUGUGGGAUGGGCUGAACCAGUGCUCACUAGGAUAAAGGAAAACAGAAAAAGGGUCAUUUCUCCAUCAUUUGAUAACAUUAAGUAUGAUAAUUUUGAAAUAGAGGAAUAUCCCCUCUCUGCACAGGGGUUUGACUGGGAGUUGUGGUGCCGAUAUCUGAACCCUCCUAAAUCAUGGUGGAAACUGGAGAACACAACUGCUCCAAUAAGAAGUCCUGCUUUGAUUGGAUGCUUCAUAGUAGAUAGAGAAUAUUUCCAAGAGAUUGGCUUACUAGAUGAGGGCAUGGAAGUAUAUGGAGGAGAAAACGUGGAGCUUGGAAUCAGGGUAUGGCAAUGUGGAGGAAGUGUUGAGGUUCUACCUUGCUCCAGGAUUGCCCACAUUGAAAGAGCCCAUAAGCCAUACACAGAAGAUCUAACUGCUCAUGUCCGGAGAAAUGCACUAAGGGUGGCUGAAGUCUGGAUGGAUGAAUUUAAGAGUCAUGUCUACAUGGCGUGGAACAUACCCCAGGAGGACUCUGGAAUUGAUAUUGGUGAUAUUUCUGAGAGGAAGGCCUUGAGGAAAAAGCUCCAGUGCAAGACCUUCCGGUGGUAUCUUGUCAGUGUGUAUCCAGAAAUGAGAAUGUAUUCCAAUACUAUUGCCUAUGGAGUGCUACAGAAUUCCCUGAAAAGUGAUUUGUGCCUUGAUCAGGGGCCAGAUACAGAGAAUAUUCCAAUCGUUUAUAUCUGCCAUGGAAUGACACCACAGAACGUCUAUUACACAAGCAAUCAGCAGCUCCAUGUGGGUGUUCUGAGUCCUACAAUCGAUGAUGAUGACAACAGAUGCCUGGUGGAUGUGAACAGCCGGCCUAGGCUCAUCGAAUGUAAUUACGCCAAAGCCAAGAGAAUGAAGCUUUACUGGCAGUUUACUCAGGGAGGCCCUAUCCAGAACCGAAAAUCCAAGCGCUGCCUGGAACUGCAGGAGAACAGUGAAAAUGAAUUUGGGUUUCAACUCGUCCUUCAGAAAUGCACUGGACAGCGCUGGUCUAUAACAAAUGUCCUGAAAAGCUUGUCAUCAUAGCAGACUAAAAUUUUUCUACCCAGUUCUUUUGCUACUGUGUAGCAAAUACUGCAAUUUUGCCUGCUGUACUAUAUUUCCCCUUGCCACCCCAUUCCUUCUUUCCUCUCUCCCUUCCCUUUUUCUUUGUGUGUGUGUGGAAGUUGGGUUUGUGGGCUGAAAAUAGACAUUUUCGUUUCACAGUGAUGUUGUCAUGGCAUUUAUAGAUAUGUUGAAUGGCAGGUUAUGGUAGGUAAUCCUAAAAUAUUUUGCAACUGUAAAUAGGAAACAAGAGGAAAAUAUUUAUAACUCAAGCUUUUAUUGAAUAAAAAAGUAUAAACACUA